UCGGGAAGGGCACCUCUGCAUGCAAAGAAGAACCUGAGACGAACCUGGCCACAGGGAUCAUGGGGUUCUGGAACUCAGGCAGUGAUAUCUUCCUAAGUCUUUGGGGAAUCUAUGUGUCUCCAAGAAGCCCUGGAUGGAAGGACUGUAUGCAACAUUUGGGAGUUUGUUGUUUUGUUGCUUUCAUUUCCGUGGGCCUCCUCUCAGUGGCCUGCUCCUGGUUUCUGUCAUCAUCUGUUGUCUUCACCACCUCCUGGGUGAUCACGUGUGUCCUGCUGUACUGCUCCAAGCAUGUGAGAUGUUUCAUUCUUCUCCUCUUCCUCUCCUGUGGCCUGCGUGAAGGCAGGAAUGCUUUGAUCACAGCUGGCACAGGGGCAGUCAUCUUUGGACAUGUGGAAAACAUCUUUCACAACUUUAAGAGUCUGUUGGACAGUAUGACUUGCAACCUAAGGGCAAAGAGCUUUUCUAUUCAUUUGCCACUUUUGAAAAGGUACAUUGAAGCAAUUCAGUGGAUUUACAGCCUUACUACUCACCUGAGUCUGUUUGAUGAUCUUGUUUCUUGGAACCAGACUCUGGCAGUCUCUCUUUUCAGUCCCGGCCAAGCCCUGGAGGCACAGCUAAACGACACUAAAGGCGAGGUCCUGGGGAUCUUAUACAGAAUGGUGACCACGACAGAGAUGCUGUCCUCUCUGGGAGAGCCGCUGCUUGCCCUUGCAGGGCUUUUGCUGGUGCUACUUGGCACUGGCCUUUUCAUGAAGCGAUUUCUGGACCCUUGUGGUUGGAAGUUUGAAAACAUCUACAUCACCAAACAGUUUGUUCAGUUUGACGAAAGGGAGAGGCACCAACAGAGACCCUGUGUCCUCCCGUUGAGUAAGAAGGAAAGGAAGAAGUAUGUGGUCAUCCCUUCUUUCCGGCUCACUCCUAAAGAAAGGAAGAAGCUGGGGCUGUUUUUCCUCCCCAUACUCACCCACCUGUACAUAUGGGUGUUGUUUGCAGCCGUCGAUUUUCUGCUGUAUUGGCUCAUUUUCUCCGUGAGCAGACAUUUUCAAAGCUUGCCAGCACUGGAAGUUCACUUAAAACUGCACAGGGAGGAGCAAGGAGCUCAAAACAUCAUCCAUGAUUCUUCUUUUAAUAUAUCUCUGUUUGAACCCAACUGCAUUCCUAAACCGAAGCUCCUUCUCUCUACCACUUGGAUUCCUCUCAGCAUUAUUCUUGUGAUGCUAGUGAUGCUAGGACUGUCGUCCCCCUUCCUGAUGCAACUGAAAAUCCUGGUCUCAGCAUCUUUCUACCCGAGCGUGCAGGGGGAGCGGGUCCAGUACCUGCAUGCGAAGCUGCUGAGGAAGAGGGCGGAGCAGCCGGGAAGGGAAGUGCACAGGCCGCUGAACCUGUACUUCACAAAGAUUCAUUUCUGGCUUCCAGUCCUGAGAGUGAUUAGGAAGAAGCAAGUGGACACUGCAGGUGAUGACAAUCCAUGAGAGACCCCAGCGUCGUGUCUCGGCCACCCUUCACCAGCCGUUCUCCCAGGUCCACUGAGGGUGGUCCCCCCCAACCCCAUGCCCAGCAUCAGACAACUAACUACACUGCGUGGCCCUUCAGGGCUGAGUUUGUGGCCAAACCACUUUUCUCCGUAAAGGCCAAAGGGCUGGCAGGUAAAUGGUUAUGUCAUCUCUUCCACAUGAGGGACAUGAUCUAGUCGGUGUCACUACAACCAAGUCCUCCGAGGAUAAGUCUUAGCAUGGAGUAACAGUUAAAGAAAAAAACAAAAAAAAAUUGGAAACCCCCCUGACAUCUCUACUGCAGGCUCACAAACAAAUGCCAAGGAGAAUAUGCAGGCAUAAUGCCAGUAAAAUACCUCUAGCCUUGAAUCCCUUUUCUGCCCUUCUGGGUGUCUUUCAUAGCUAUUCCCUAGCCCCACAACUGUCUCUCCCCUCUUCCCUUAUUCAAGAACCAUUUCCCAAAUCCAUCUCCAGCAGCUUCUAAUUUCUUCUCCCCACCACCUCUGUGGGAUCCCUUUGUUUCCGUCUCCUACCAAAUCUCCUAGCCACAGUGAUUUAGGGACCACAUUUAUCAAAGUCAUAUAAAAUUUUUGUUAAAAUGUACAUGUUAGGCCUUUUUUCCACUGUAUCAGUACAUACCCUAUGUACGGAGGCCUCCUUCUGUACUCUGAACACUGAGGAAGGAGAAAAGCCUCCGCGAACUCUGGUUUUAUUAUCUCUAAAGUCCAAGAAUGGAUAAGAAAUAAAGAAACAUUAUUUUUUUCUUUUUAACUUUUAUUUUGAAAAUGUUCCAACGUACAAAAAGGUUUCAAAGUAGUACAGAGUUCCAUUUACCCCUCACCCAUCAGCCCCGAAUGUUGAAAUCUUACAUAACCAUGGCACAGUUGUCAAAACCGAGUAAAUGAUACUGAAAAAAUGUGUGACUUACAGAGUUCAUUGAACUUUUCAUCAGUUGCCUCACUACAUCCCUUUUCUAUAUUCCUUAUCACUAUAGCUCUUGAUUCAAUCCAGGCUCUCACACUGCAUUUAGUCAUCAUGGUUCCUUAGUCUCUUCCGAUUAGUAACAGUUCCUCACUCCUUCCUUUUUCUUUCAUUAUCUUGAUACUUUUGGACAGUACUGACCAGUUAUUUUGUAAAGUGCCCUUUGACUUGGGAUUGUCUGAUGACCCCUGUAAGCAAACUCAGAUAAUGCCGUGAGGGCAAGAAUACUCCAGAACCGAUGCCACACUCUUCUUGGUGAGGUCCGGAGGUGCAUGGUGCCGGCGUGUCUCAUUGCUGGUGAGGUUACCUGUCAGCCUCGAUUCAGGUGGGGUCUGCCCUAGUGCUCAAUCACUGUUUCCUUUUGUGAUCAUAAUAAGUAUGGUCUCAAAGGGGAAAUGCUUUGAGACCAUGCAAACAUCCUGUCUGUCAUCCCCACUUCAUGCUCUGAUUUUAGCGUUCGUGGAUGCAGAACCAUGACCACCAAGCAGUGGUUUUCUACUUUUGUAUCUUCAACAUGUCUUGAUUGGAAUUCUACACUAUCCCCAGAAGGAAACUUUUUUUCGAAGACUAAACUUUGUUUCAGGCACCCAAGUACGCAUUUCACACACGCGACCUCAUUUCUGGUUCAUGGCAGCCCUGAGAGGGUACAAUUUCUCCCGUGUUAUAGGUCAGGAAUCUCACCCUCCAAGGCCCUGACUAGCUGGCCUGGGGUGGGGCCCGACACUCACGUGUUUCAAGCCCCAGGUGGUUGUAAUGGGGCAGCCAGGAUGGAGAUCCAACAUCCUGGCAAGUUUUAGAGCCGCAGGUCCUUCCAUUCAGGUCUUCGCUGGGGAAAUUGCUCUCACGUAAGGAGCCUAAUUGGAAAUGUGUCUGAUUCGGCAUUUCCCAAAGUGUGUUCCUGAAACCAUGGGUUCCUUAGUUGCUCCACAAAAGGAGUCAUGUGAUACUAGGAAAUCCACACCAUCCAUCUGCCUUCGAACCUUGCACAUAAAGCGUGUGGGCAUAAUUCGAAAACUGUGAGAAAUUUCUUUUAACCUCGUUUCAUGCAGAAUGUCCCCAAAUUACUAAAUCAUGGAAUAAGUUUACCAGCAAUAACUGUUAUCACCACUUAGGACCAGUUCUACGGUCCAUACUCCAGUAAAUGCUGACAUAAUUGGUAAAGUUUUGAACGAAAAAAGAAUCAGAGAAGGUGAAUAUGCAUUUAUAAUUUUGGCUUCUUUAAAUAUUCUUGAUUUCAUGCUUUAUUGUGUUUUCUAAAGAAAUGUAUAUAUUA